AUGAACCCGUCAGCGGCCGACGCGCCGCGGCUCACGGACAAUAGGAGCCAAAAGCAGCAGCGCUCCUCUUCUCCGGCUGGAGCCAAGGACAGCGGCACUAAAGCUGCACAAAAGCCCAAAACUGCAUCCUCCAAAGGGGCUGCAAGUGCGGAGGGAGGCGGAAGGAGCAGCCGGGGACAUUCGCCCGUGUCCGCCGGCAGCGUGGUGGUAUCGGACCAGCCCAGCGCCUCCAAGUCCCCAAAGCUGAGGAGCAAGACUCCGAGAGGACAAGAGGCCAACAAUGGCAACAAGAAGAGCUCCAAAGGCACAGUGGGAUGCGGACCGGGCUUCUGGAAGGAGGGAUGCUUACAGACAGAGCUCAUACAGUUCCAUCUGAAUAAAAGUUUGGGUAAGAAAGGAGCAAAGAUGCAGACAAAACAAGCCUCUCCACCGGCUUCAGAGCCCGAACUGUCCCCAGAACCAGACAGUCCACCUCAGUCUGUUCAUCAGGCUGAGCCGGGUGCACAGGACCAGAUAGAGCGCCUGGAGGAUGAGAACGAGGAUCUCAAGAAUGAGAUUGAGGAGAUGCGCGCAGAGAUGGACGAAAUGCGGGACACUUUCUAUGAGGAGGAUGCAUGCCAACUGCAGGACAUGCGGCGGGAGCUGGAGAGAGCAAACAAAAACUGCAGGAUCCUUCAGUACAGGCUCAAGAAGGCUGAGCGCAAGAGAAUGCGCUUUGCUGAAAGUGGCCAAGUGGACGGAGAAUUGCUGAGGAGCAUGGAGCAAGAUCUCAAGGUGGCAAAGGAUGUGUCUGUUCGCUUGCAUAAUGAGCUGGAAAGUGUGGAGGAGAAAAGGACCAAAACAGAAGAUGAGAAUGAGAGGCUGAGGCAGCAGCUGAUUGAGGUGGAGGUCACCAAGCAAGCUUUACAGAACGAACUGGAGAAAACCAAAGAGCUCUCGCUGAAACGGAAAGGAAGUAAAGAUGUGCAGAAAGUGGACAGGAAGACUCCUCAGACGCCCACAGAAGAGGAAAAUGAGGACCUAAAGUGCCAGCUCUCCCUCAUCAAAGAGGAAGCUAUCCUGAUGAGAAAGAAGAUGGCAAAGAUUGACAAAGAGAAGGACAGACUGGACCAGGAAGUACACAAGUACCGCUCCUUCUAUGGAGACGUGGACAGCCCUCUGCCUAAAGGAGAAGCCGGAGGACCUCCAACCACUCGAGAGUCAGAGUUAAAGCUGCGUCUACGUUUGGUGGAAGAGGAGGCCAACAUCCUGGGCAGGAAGAUCGUGGAGCUGGAGGUGGAGAACCGGGGGCUGAAGGCAGAGCUCGAUGACAUGAGAGAAGACAGUCUGGCUGCAGCAGGAGUGGACAGCUCAGGCACUGGGGGGCAGCAGUGCAGAGAGCAGGGGGAGGCUCUGUCUGAACUGAGGCAGCAGCUGCAGCUGGUGGAGGAUGAGGCCGAACUUCUCCGCAGGAAUUUAGCUGAUGUGGAGGAAGAGAACAAAAAGGUGACAAGUGAGCUGAACAAACUGAAAUACAAAGCUGGCUCCCAUGAAUCUGGGUCAAGACAUGGAGGUGGCGCUGAUGCUGCCAAGAUGGAGGCUCUUCAGGAGGAGCUGAAAGCGACCCGUCUGCAGAUCAACGAACUGAGCGGCAAAGUGAUGCAGCUUCAGUACGAGAACCGCGUGCUGCUCUCCAACAUGCAGCGCUACGACCUGGCGUCCCACCUGGGCAUCCGUGCCAGCCCCCGGGACAGCGACGCAGACAGUGACGGGGGUCGGGAUGACGACUCGCCCUCCUGCUCCGCCUCCUCCCCUCGCCUGCUCCCUCCGCACCGCAAACGGGAGGGUCCCAUCGGGGGGGAGAGCGACCCCAACGAAGUGAGGAACAUUCGCUGCCUCACGCCCACGCGCUCGUUGUAUUCACCUGUGGACAGCCGCUUCUUGUCCCGCAGCCUGAAGGAGCGCCAGCACAUGAUCGACAUGAGGAUGGAGGCCGAGCGGCUGGGGAGGACCAUAGACCGGCUCAUCGCGGACACCAGCACCAUCAUCGCAGAGGCACGCGUCUAUGUCACCAACGGGGAGAUGUUUGCACGGCUGGACGACAGUGAGGAAGGGGGCAGAAUCCGGGAGCAUGAGCUGUUGUAUCGGAUCAACGCUCAGAUGAAAGCAUUCAGGAAAGAGCUGCAGACCUUUAUAGACCGCCUGGAUGUUCCCAAACAGGAAGCUCAGCAAACGGAGGAGCCGCUGUCUAUGUUUCAACCCAUCAUUCUGCUGAUACUCAUCCUUGUCUUGUUUUCCUCAUUAUCCUAUGCCACCAUUUUCAAAUUGCUCCGUGUUGUCGCCUCAGUUCAAAGCAGAUAUGAAGACUGUACACAGAGGACUGUGCAAAGAAGUGCGGGCAACGAUGGAGUCUGGUGCAUAGUUCUUCCUUCGGUGGCAGACAUGAAGGUUACAGUGUGGUGUCCCGUUGACUGCGACAGUGCAGCGAAGACAGCUGCCGUGGGCCAAGCGGAGGACUUGGUGGGCUUUGGAUAA